GCUCAGAUUGGCGACGGAGCCCCAGUCUCCGUCCCCGACCGGAAUUAUAGUCUGUAUUGCAAUUCUCUUGAGAACGGCCGUUUAUCUGCAUAGAUAUAAAUAUGUUCCUGGGGACAGUAGUACUCAGGCCGUUAGACAGCUUUAAGAGUUCUUUGUGUGUUGACUAAGAAAUCAUUAUGCGCUGGGCAUCUUGGGCAUUCUUCGCGGCCGGCGCCCUGAGCGGGGCAAACGCGGCUUCCCUAACUAAAGUCACGGAGAAUUUCGGUGAGAACCCGAGAAAUGUCGGUUUCUACAUCUAUGUGCCGGAUAGGCUCGCGAAAAGCCCUCCAAUCUUGGUGAAUCCUCACUGGUGUCAUGGCGACGCUCGAGCGUGCUAUGCGGAGUCGCAAUACGCGACCAUGGCAUCGAAGUACGGCUUCAUCGUCAUCUACCCGGACAGUCCUAAUACGGCUGACAAGUGCUGGGACGUGUCGUCGAAGGCGACCUUAGCGCAUGAUGGCGGCGGAGAUAGUCUGGGGAUAGUAAACAUGGUGCGCUGGACGCUGAAGAAAUACAACGGCGAUCCGAAGCGUGUAUUCGUCACGGGUGUGUCGUCGGGCGCGAUGAUGACGAGCACGUUGAUCGGGGCGUACCCGGACGUCUUUGCUGCCGGUUCUGCAUUUGCCGGUGUCCCCUUCGGGUGUUUCUCUGGAAAUGGCUACGGCGUUUGGAGCGACUCAUGUGCAACGGGCAAAGUCACGCACACGCCAGCCGAGUGGGCAGCACUAGUGAAGGCAGCCUAUCCUGGAUACAGUGGUUGGCGACCGAAGAUGCAGAUUUUCCAUGGCACACUCGACGAGACGCUGAAUUAUACGAAUUUCCUCGAAGAAGUCAAGGAAUGGAACGCGGUCUUUGGUUACUCGCAGACACCCACCAGCACGACUCUCAACAUGCCUAUGACUAACUGGAGAAAGGAUGUCUACGGUCCAAACGGCUGGUUCGAGGCCUAUAGCGCCGGGGGUGUGACGCACAAUAUCCAGAAUCAGGAGGCUGUAGUUAUGUCUUGGUUUGAUCUGACUUGUAUAACGGGACAUUGUUUUAGCUGGGGUACAGGAGCAGCGUAAUCCAAUACCUGUGCCAUAAACGACAUCAUGGUAAGGCUGGAGGUUUUCACUCAUAGCAAAAUAGGACAAAAAAAA